UCCACGUACGCGCACUUCACACCUGCUCUCUGCCUCGAAUUCCCGCUCACUCUCCUCUUUUAAGCGUCCAAAAUGGCGGCAGCUUCGUCCGUCCAGCCGCCGAGCGUCCACUCCUCUCUCGUCCCGUACAGUGCACUUUCUCCGGCGAUGAACUGUCCCGAGAGCCAGCAGCCGGAGGACGAAGAGGCGGCGGCGGCGGCGACAGCACAGCCCUCCGAGCCUUGGACGAGCCUCCGUGACUUGCCGGAGCUGGAACCCGAGGAGAUUGAGAAAAGGCUCGCCAAAACUCGCCAGGAGCUGAGCAACAGGAGGAAAAUCCUCAUCAAGAACCUCCCGCCCGACUCAACGAACCAGGAGGUCCAUGAAAUCUUAAAAGAAUAUGAACUGAAGUACUGCUUUGUUGAUCGCAAUAAAGGCACAGCCUUUGUGACUUUGCUGAACGGGGACCAGGCUCAGGAUGCCAUCCGCUCCCUCCACCACAGCACUGUCCGGGGACGUCUGAUCAACGUCACCCUGCAGCCUACAGACUCCCUGCUCUGCCUCACCAACCUGCCCCACACCUUCACCGCCCAGCAGUUUGAAGAGCUGGUACGUUCCUAUGGAAACAUCGAGCGCUCCUUUUUGGUGUAUAGCGACCUGACGGGCCACUCCAAAGGCUAUGGAUUUGUUGAGUACAUGAAGAAGGACUCUGCUUCCCGGGCCCGUUCUGAAUUGCUGGGACGACGACUGGCGGAUCGUUCAUUGAUGGUGCAAUGGAUGGAUGUCAACCAGCUGAGCCAGGAAGAGAACCUGCACUCCAAAUGUGUGUGUGUGGACCGCCUGCCUCUGGAUCUCUGUGAUUCUGAAGAAAUGACCCAAAUCUUCUCAGACACCUACAAACCUGUAUUCUGCCAGCUUGCUCAGGAUGAGGGCAGUCCAGUGCGAGGUUUUGGUGUGGUGGAGUACGAGAGUGCCGAGCAAGCCGAGUCAGUGAUGAUAGAGAUGGACAGGAAACUGGUGGGAGGACAGGAGGUCCGUUUGUCACUCUGUACCCCUGGCACCUCAGGGAGAAGCACUCUGGCCGCGCUUAUUGCCGCCCAGGGAAUGAUUCUAAGUAACAGGAAGGGGCUGCUACCAGAGCCCAACCUUGCUCAGCUGUUGACCAGUAUGACAAAUCCUGCAGCCUUGCAAAUCCUCAUGAGACCUUUUUACACUGGGAAAAGAGGAGGCAAAUAUGGCCGUCACACCAAUCUGCCAUUCCUCCGACCUCCUCUCACCACCGCUCUUCUUACGUUUGGAAGAGCACAUCAGAGAGCCAUGCUCGGAAAUGGACUACUUCUACAGAACCUCCUGCACAUGCAGCUCGCUCAGCAGCAGCUCUUACACAUUAAGGACAAGUGCAUCAGCAGCGCCCCCAGCCUGCUGGGAGACCCGGCGAGGUUGCUGGUGCAGAAAACAUUACCUCUGCGGCCUCCAGGCCUGGUAGCACUUGGCAAAGGCCUCCUGGGAGACUCCCCCUCAGAACUACACCAGGAGUCGGUUCCAGCAGCUAGCCACAAUACUACAGUGCUGGUGUCAGCAGCAGGUGUGAUGUCGCACCUGCAGCCUCGAACCGACGGAAGGAAACAAAACGGCAUUCAGACUUUCUGCGCAACCUCAGCUUCCUCUUCUUCGUCCUCCGGCCCCUCUUUCUCCUGCCCCAGCUCCGGUGACAGGCAGCCUGUCCCUCCAGGGAGUGUACUGCAGGGACAGAACUACUCAUGUCUGGUUGCAGCUCCACCAAAACCCCCAAGAGGUCCUUAUACGUCCAUGGGGCAUCACAGUAGUUCAGAUAGCUCCCAGCUAGCCAACAUGGUGAGCAAUGGUCAGAGUUCUCUGCUGGGAGAUCCCCCGAAAGAUGUCAGACUUCCUUCUAAUCCGUACCUUAAUCUCGCCAGUGUAAUGCCAGGGAUGGUUCUGCAAGGGUCUCUGGGCAGUAAAGCCCAGGGGGGGCAGCCUGGCUUGGCCAUGUACGGCAACACAUCAGCACCCGUUGUCUCCCAGGGCAGCGGCUCCUUCUCCCACAAUGCCGCCGCUCCCACCGCAACCCCAUACAGUGCCGACGCUUCCGCUGACUACAGCCAGUACAACCAGGCGUACACACAGGACGCCAUGCAGCAGUGGUACCAGCACUACCAAACAGCACAAGGCUACAGCUCUGCUGCACCGCAGGAAACCACAGCCACUGAUUACAACAAGGACCACACACAGGUACCACCUGUUUCCACUUAUGGCGAUUACAGUUCCUACAUGCAGACAGUCACUCAGUACUACUCCCAGUCUACAGCUGCUCAGGCCUUUGCCAAUAAGGAAGUCGAUGUGUACAAGUCGCUCGGCGUCUCCCUGCAUGCUGUUAACAAUGGCGUGGCUCCUCCCCCGGCUGUAUUACCCCCUGCUGCCAUGCUGCCGGCCUACAGCACCCUGCCUCUAGUGCCCGGCUUCAUCGGUGCACAGCACUCAGCGGCGGCCACGUCAAGUCCUGUCACGCACCCACACACUGCCCCAACAGACUGGAGUGCCUACUAUUAUAAUCAAACACGGGGCCACAAGAGGGAGUACCCCCAGCGGGCCGUGCAGGAAGUGACGUCCUCAGAUGGCGGCUAUGUUGGGCAGCACUCCCAAGGUCUUGGGGGCCAGUAUGCUGACUAUUACAAGAGAAAGAGGCUCUAGGAUGCCGCGACCUACCACGGCUCCCUCUAGUGGCUGCCUCAUGAAGCUUUGAGAUGUGCUUUAGUAUGAGAAUGCUCAAAUAAGAGCAAUUUAGUUGUGUUUGGUCAAAGCACUUCUAUUUAAAAUCAGUGUAAUGGUGUCAAGCCUUAAUACCUUUUUUUUAGUCAGAUAUUAAAUUAUGAUAGUAGUAUAUAUAUAUGUAGGUAUACGCUUCUAAAACUACACACUUUGUCUGUGUAAGACCACUUUAUGUAUUUUCCUUAUGUCCUCUUAUAUACAUGGACAAUCGCAAUGUGUGCCUGUUCGUUAAUGCGUGUGCCUAUGCUGUAUCUGUAGGAAGUGUCAGCCAUUUUUAUCCCAACUCUGGGAGGACAUCAGGAAACAGAGCGUGGACCAAUAAGAGCCCUUAUUUGUGUUGGCCGAAAGCUUCUCGCCAUGAGUGACUGAGUAGACAGUAAGUAUUUGUGUAAAUACAACUAUGUCCUAGAAAGCCAUGUGUAACUUUACAGGAACCAAUGUAUGUGUGUGUAAGUAUGUGUAUG